CUCUGAGAGAGAUAAGGCACAUGGACCUCCAGACUAGCCCUGGCUGUUAAAGAAGAUCAUUUCUGAUGGACAAUUGAACUUUAGCACAGAAGCAAAGAUGAUAGACCCCAGAGGCUUGCUGCUGCUGCUAGCUCUGCAUGCCGUAACACCAGAGGGAAAAGAAGUUGCUUUGUCUUCUGCACGCUGCAGCCUUUUUGGAGGUGACCACAUUAAAACGUUUGAUGAGUUACUGUAUGACUUUGCUGGUGACUGCAGUUAUUUGCUGGCUGGAGAUUGUCCCAAGAGAUCCUUCUCACUAUUGGUUGAUUACCAACAUGGAAGAAGAAACAGCCUUUCUGUGUACCUUGGGGAAUAUUUUGACAUUCAUUUGUUUUUGAAUGGCACCGUGACUCAGGGUGAUGAAAGAAUUUCCAUACCUUAUGCCUCCAAUGGGGUAUUUAUAGAAACAGAGGCAGGUUAUUAUAAGUUAUCCAGCGAAGAGCAUGGCUUUGUGGCAAAGGCUGACAUCAGUGGGAAUAUUCAAAUAUCCCUCACAGAAAAGCACUAUAAUAAGACCUGUGGACUCUGUGGCAACUUCAAUAGCUUUGUUGAAGAUGAUUUCAUGACACAGGAAGGUAUUCUUGAAGAGAACAGCUACAAUUUUGCUAAUUCCUGGGCCUUUCCAAGUGAAGGCAAGAGAUGCCAGAGAACAUCUCCCCCAAGCCACACCUGCAACAUUUCAUCUGAGAUGGCAGAUAAGGACAUUAUGGAAAUUUGCCAGCUGCUAGGAAAAUCCCCUGUGUUUUCCAAAUGCCAUCACCUGGUUGACGCAGAACAAUUCAUUGGCCUCUGUGAAGAAGACAUGUGCACAUGUGCCCAGGACAUGAGCUGUCAUUGUCCAGUUUUUCUGGAGUAUGCCAGAAAUUGUGCUCAGCAAGGUGUGAUUCUGGAAGGAUGGCCUAUCAGCAGUGUGUGCAGCCCAAGAUGUCCAGUUGGCAUGGAGUAUAAGGAGUGUACAUCCCCUUGUGCCAAAACUUGCCAGAGUUUGAAUAUCAAUGAAGUGUGUCAAGAAAAAUGCGUUGAUGGCUGCAGCUGCCCUGAGGGCAAAAUGCUCGAUGGAGACCACUGUGUGGACAGCUCUGACUGCUCCUGUAUGAACUCUGGCAAAAGCCAUCCUCCUGGCUCAUCCAUCUACCGGGACUGCAAUUUGUGUGUUUGUAGACAUGGCAUCUGGAUCUGCAACAAUGAACCUUGCCCAGGUGAAUGCUCUGUCACUGGCCAAUCCCACUUCAAAAGCUUUGACGACAAGCAUUUCACCUUCAGUGGCAUCUGCCAUUACUUGUUUGCCAAAGACUGUGAGGAGAACUCCUUUUCUGUUGUCAUAGAGACUGUCCAGUGUGCUGAUGACCCUGAUGCAGUAUGUACCCGUUCAGUCUCCGUCCAGCUCCAGGAAGAGAAGAGCAUUGUUAAACUGAAACAUGGUGGUGGCAUCUCUUUGAAUGGACAGGACAUUCAGAUUCCUUUCAUGCAAGGUGCUCUCCAUAUCCAGCACACUGUAAUGUCUGCAGUUCGCCUCACCUAUAGGGAUAAUAUGCAAGUUGACUGGGAUGGCCGCGGAACACUUAUGAUGAAGUUAUCCUCAGAAUACAGUGAGCAGAUUUGUGGUCUCUGUGGUAACUACAAUGGCAAUCAAGGGGAUGACUUUCUUACACCCUCCGGCUUGGUGGAAACCCUUGUAGAAGACUUUGGCAAUUCAUGGAAACUUGAUGGAGAUUGUCAAGAUUUGCAGAAACAAGACAGCAAUUCUUGUAAUCACAACCCUCGCUUAGCUAAGUAUGCCGAUGGCUCGUGCUCAGUUCUGGCAUCACCGUUGUUUGAACCUUGCCACCAUGACAUCAGUCCUUCUCCGUACUUCAAAAAUUGCCGCUAUGAUGUCUGUUCCUGUUCCGAUGGCAAAGACUGCUUAUGUGCUUCUAUCUCAGCCUAUGCUACAGCUUGUGCUCGCAAAGGGGUUCUCAUCAAUUGGAGGCAGCCAGAAUUUUGUGCUUUGAAUUGUCCAAAAGGUCAGAUUUACCAGCAGUGUGGAAGUCCAUGCAACCAAACGUGCCGAUCCUUGUCCUAUCCACAUAUGGAUUGCAAUGAGUUUUGUAUGGAAGGUUGUUAUUGCCCAGCUGGAUUAUACCUUGAUCAGCAGGGAGAGUGUGUACCAAAGUCCCAGUGCUCUUGUUACUACGAUGGUGAGAUCUUCCAGCCAGAUGAUAUCUUCUCAGAUCAUCAUACAAUGUGUUCUUGCAAAAAUGGCUUCAUGCACUGUAGCACAAACAGAUUCCCAGGGACUUUCCUACCAGAUGCUGUCUUUCAGCAUCCACCUUCUGCCAGAGCAAAACGAAGCUUAGCUUGCAGGCCACCAAUGAGCAUGUUUGUAUGCCCUGCAAAUGAUCCAAGAGCUAAAGGAGUAGAAUGUAUGAAGACUUGCCAAAACUAUGACUUAGACUGUGCUAUCCAAAGAUGUGUAUCUGGUUGCCUCUGUCCCACUGGAUGGGUGAGACAUAGAGAGAAAUGCAUGAUACCGGAAAAAUGCCCUUGUUUACACAAUGGGCGAGAGUAUGCUCCGGGAGAAAAAAUGACAAAAGACUGUAAUACUUGUGUCUGUCGUGCUCGAAAGUGGGAAUGCACAGAAAAUGUCUGUGAUGGUACCUGUUCAGUCAUCGGUACAGCCCAUUACAUCACCUUUGAUGGGCUAAAAUACACAUUUCGAGGCAACUGUCAGUAUGUAUUAGUUCAGGAUCACUGUGGUGAUAAUGGAGAUGAUUCUGGAACCUUUCGGAUACUUGUUGCCAAUGAUGGAUGCAGCUUCACAGGGGAGAAGUGUACAAAAAGGAUUACUAUUCUCUUUGGUGGUGGAGAGAUUGAGCUAUACAAUGAAGAAGUUAACAUCUUGAUACCUCCUAAAGAGGAAGACAACUUUGAAGUCUUGAAGUCCGGACGCUACUACAUCCUGUUACUGGGCAAAGGAAUCUCUUUAACAUGGGAUCAAGGCAUGGGAAUUAUGGUUUUCUUGAAAGAGAAUUACCAAAAUCAAAUAUGUGGCCUGUGUGGGAAUUUUGAUGGCAUCCAAAACAAUGACUGGAUCAGCAGCAGAAAGCAGCUCGAAGUGGAUCCAAAUGACUUUGGGAAUUCUUGGAAAGUUAAUUCACAGUGUGCUGAUGUCAGAAAGCUUUCACAGGGGCAGAACUUGGGUUCUUCAUUGUGUGAUGGUAAUAUAAUGAAGCAAGUGAUGGUGGAAGCCUCCUGCAGCAUCUUGAGCAGUGAUCUCUUCAAGGAGUGCAAUAAAUUGGUGGAUCCAGAGCCGUACAUGGAUGCCUGCAUGUAUGACACCUGUUCGUGCGAAUCCACUAAGGACUGUUCCUGCUUCUGUGAUGUCAUAGCUGCCUAUGCCUACACUUGUGCUCAGAAAGGAGCAGUGGUUCACUGGAGGUCACCUACUCUGUGUCCACAAAGCUGUGAACAUCUGAAUAAGGAGGAAGAAGACGGAUACCAGUGUGAGUGGAGAUACAACAGCUGUGGCCCUGCCUGCCCAAGGACUUGCCAGCACUUUAAUCCAUUGGCAUGUCCUGUGGAGUGUGUUGAAGGAUGCCACGUGCACUGCCCUACAGGAAGAAUACUUGAUGAGCUGUCCCAAUCUUGCAUUGAUAUUGAAGAAUGUCCUGUGUGUGAAGUAGAAGGUCGCAAGAUAUCCAAUGGAGAAAGGAUCAUUUUGGACCCUGGAGAUAAGGAGCUCUGCCAAUCCUGCCAUUGUGAAGGACGAAACUUGACAUGCCAUGCAUGUGAUCAAGGAGAGCCUAGUGUACUGACAUCUACAAUUAUUGCUCCAGAAAAACAGUACUCUUGCAGCAAAAUGAUGGACCUUGCAUUCUUAAUUGAUGGCUCAAAUAAGCUUUCUGAGAGUGAUUUUCAACUGUUGAAAGCUUUCAUCAUAGGCAUGAUAAGGAAACUCCACAUCUCUCAAAAAAGAAUUCGCUUGUCAAUCCUGGUAUAUGGUUCUGGCUCACAUAUUUACCUUGCCCUCAAAGACAGGAAAACACCAUCUGAAAUUAGGAAGGCUGUCCAAGAUAUGGGAUACACUGGUGAAGAUUUUGCCUCUGUGCCAGAAGUACUUAAAUAUGUUGUAUUCCAUGUGUUUGCAAAGGCUCCAAGGACAAAUGCUGCCCGAAUUGCUGUGUUGCUUACAGCUAGCAAGGAUCCUAAGGAUUCUCAGGAUCCUACAAGAAUUAAAAAAGUUUUCCCAUAUUUGAAAAAGCAGAAAGUGAUUGUAAUACCAGUUGGACUUGGACCUCAUAUCAGCAAUAAACAAAUUGAACUAAUUGAAAACCAGUCACCUGAGAAUAAGGCCUUCAUAAUUAGCAGUGCUCUUGAAUUGGGGGAUGUCAGGGAUGAAAUAAUGGACUACUUCUGUGGCCUUGUGCCUGAAGUAAGUACUACAACCCCAAUCCCCACCACAACCCGUCCUACAAUCAUCUCAGCAGAAGUAUACAUAAAUACCACGCUGCUUGGAGAAGCAAAAGCAAGGCCACUAGUAUUUUCAGUUGACAUUGUUUUUGUGGUUGAAGGCUCUGACAAAGUUGGCAAGGAGAAUUUCAGUUUGAUCAAAGAGUUCAUUGCCCGUACCAUAAGAGAAAUGGAUAUAGGAAUAGAAACCAUUCAUAUUGCCAUCAUUCAGUACUCAUUGACAGUUACUAUGGAAUAUUCCUUCAGUGGAAGACAGUCCAAGGAAGACCUGAUUAAGAAAGUGAGGGAGAUCAAGUACCAUGGAGGGAAUGCCACCAACACUGGAGAGGCAGUCAGAUUUGUCUCUGAGAAAGUAUUUACCACAAGCAGUGGAGGGAGGAGGCAAGUACCACACUGGGUUUACAUGGUGACUGCAAACCCUUCGACAGAUACCAUCACUCGUGUGCCCUCUGAUAUCAAUUUCAUCCCCUUUGGGAUCACUGAAAAUGUGAAUAUCCAAGAACUUGAAUUAAUAAGCCAGUCACAGGCUCCAAUCCUCCUUCAAGGAUAUGACCAACUCAUUACAGAAGGACCUGACUUAGUACUGAAAACAUGUUGCUCAGCGGAAGAAACCUGCAGCAAGCCAAUGGAUGUGAUAUUUCUUCUGGACAGGAGCUCAAAUGUUAGAGAACCACAGUUUGAGGAAAUGAAAAACUUUGUGAAAGCAUUUAUUAACCACGCUGAUGUUGGCCAUGCUACAACUCAGGUGGCAGUUCUUCAGUAUGGAAAGGUGAACACUUUGGAAAUUUCAUUGAACACACCGCAAGUGAAAGAAACUCUUUUAUCUAAAUUGAGCUUAAUUCCUCAAAGAGAAAAAGGACCCAGCAAACUUGGGGAAGUGAUAGACUUCACAAUUCAGCAUGCUUUUUCUGAAACCAAUGGAGGAAGGCCCAGCGCAUCCAAAAUAGCAGUGAUAAUUAUAUCAGAUGCAUCACAGGACUCUGUGGAUUCUGCUGCUUAUUCUGCAAGAAUCAAUAGGGUAUCAUUGAUUCCCAUUGGAGUUGGAGACAGAUACAACAUAGCACAACUACGCACUUUAGCUGGGCCAUCAGCCACUGAGAGGAUCAUUACGGUGCAGCACAUUGAUGACCUUAUCACCAUGGUCACGCUAGGCAAUAAGUUUGUCAAGAAACUAUGCACAGAAACUGUCCCAGAGUGUAGAGAUGAGGAUGGGAAUAAAAGGACACCUGGUGACAUAUGGACAUUACAGGACCAGUGCCACACUGUGACAUGCUUACCAGGUGGCUAUACAGACUUGAAGACUCACAUAAUUAAUUGUGAGAAAAUGCCCAGGCCGACAUGUCACAACCAUCAACUUGCUGUUAAAAUGAAGGAAACGUGUGGCUGCCGCUGGGUGUGUCCAUGCAUGUGUACAGGAAGCUCAACUAGACAUAUUGUGACGUUUGAUGGGCUAGAUUUUAAACUGAUGGGAAAUUGCUCCUAUACCUUGUUUGAAGACAAAGAACUUGAUAUGCAAGUGGUACUUCAGAAUGCACCCUGCAGUUCAGUCCCACGACUCAACUGUAUGAAUGCCAUUGAGGUCAUGUACAAGGGCACAUCUGUACAACUCUUCAGCAACAUGAUGGUUGCUGUGAAUGGUGAAACAACUCCUGUUCCGUAUGAGAAUGAUCAUAUUCAAGUGAAUAUUCAUGGGGCACUAAUAUAUGAAAUCAGAUUUCCCCAUCUGGGACAUGUUCUCUACUUCACUCCAAGCAACAAUGAGUUUUCUUUCCAGCUCAGCCCAAAGAGUUUUGCUUUGAAAACAUAUGGUCUUUGUGGGGUUUGUGACCAAAACCAGGGCAAUGACUUCAUAUUAAAGAAUGACUCCAUUACAUCUGACAGCAACAUCUUCAUCCAAGAGUGGACUGUGAAGCAGCCAGGGAAAGUCUGCGAAGUCAGCAGAGUCCCCCAAUGCACUGAAUACACCACUACCAAAUGUAGCAUUUUGAGGUCCCCUGAAUUUCUGAAAUGCCACGGAAUCAUUCCUCCAAGUGUGUUCUAUGAAGCAUGUGAAGAAAGCAGCUGCUAUGAUGAUGAAGUAUGCAAGAUUAUAUCAUCCUAUGCCCACAUAUGCAGGAUGAAAGGGAUCUGUGUGAACUGGAGAUCACCAGAGUUCUGUGCUGAGAAAUGUCCAAGCCCUUUAAUAUAUGACCAUUGCCGAGACUGUACAAAGCACUGUGAAAAUGGUACCAGUGCAGAAAUCUGCAUGGAUAAUCCCACAGAAGGCUGCUUCUGUCCACGGGGACAAGUCAUCAUGGACGGCAGCUGUGUUCAUGAAGAUGUUUGCACUCAGUGCAUUAGUGAAGAUGGGACACACCACCAGAGCUUGGAAACAUGGAUUUCUCCCAGCGAUCCCUGCAAGAUCUGCAUGUGCCUCAAGAACAGAACCAUAAGCUGUAUCAUUCGACCUUGUCCAACUGCCAGUCCUCCUGUUUGUGGUUCCUGUGAAGUUUCAAUACAACAGACCAGUUCUGAUCAGUGUUGCCCAGUAUAUGAAUGUGUCUGUGAUCUGUCCACCUGUCAACCACCUCCACUACCUCGCUGUGAAAAUGGUCUCCAACUUUUGAGGACAAAUCCUGGUGAAUGCAGACCAGUUUAUGCAUGUGUCUGCAAAAAAGAGGAAUGCAGGUCACAACCCGCUCUUUCCUGCCCACCACACCGGAAACUUGCCAUGAAGAAGACUGAGUGCUGUGAUGAGUAUCAAUGUGUCUGCAGCUGUGUCAAUUCAACACUGGUCUGCCCUGCUGGAUAUUUAUCAAGAUCAUUCACUAACGAUUGUGGCUGUGUGUCUACCACCUGCAUUCCUGACAAGGUUUGUGUCCAUCAAAAUAUCAUCUAUCCUAUUGGGAAGACCUGGGAAGACAAUUGUAUGCAGUGCUCUUGCAUGGAUAUGGAAGAUGCUCAUACUGGCCUUCGAAUUACAGAAUGCAUUGAGAGAGAGUGUAAUAGGAUUUGUCCACCGGGAUAUGAAUAUGUCAACAAAGAAGGGGCAUGCUGUGGGAAAUGUCUCAAGAAUAUGUGUAAUGACGUGUCAUCUCGGUCUCGGGGAGAUGAAGAUGUCCACUGGUAUGAAAUUGGCACAGAGUGGUCAUUGCCCUCAGACCCCUGCAUCCUCCGAGAGUGUGUCCGGGUGAAUGAGGAAGUGUUCAUUCAGACAAAGAAUGUCUCAUGUAGACAGGUGGAUUCCACAGCCUGCCAGUUUGGAACAGAGUUGCGCUGCACUCGAAAUACAGGCUGCUGUCCUUCAUGCCAUUGUGAACCUGUGAGUGGCUGUAUUCUGAAUGGCACCAUUAUUGGGCCAGGGAAACAUGUGCUGCUGGAUCCAUGCACCAGCUGUCUGUGCCGCGUUCAGAAUGGACUGUAUAUGAAAUACACAUUGUCAUGUCAAAAGCUUACCUGUGAACCUUGCCCCAAGAAUUACAGGUUGGAAAAUGUCCCUGACUCCUGCUGCGGUAAAUGUUUGCAGGUUACAUGUGCCAUAUGGCUGAAAGACAGAACCAUUCGUUACCUGCAGCCAAAUGAGACAGUCCAAGAUGGUUGUGACUUUCAUUAUUGUAAAGUCAAUGAGAAAGGGGACUUCAUCUGGGAAAAGAGAAUCACCGUUUGCACACCAUUCAACCCUAACCAAUGCUUGGCUGAAGGAGGUAAAAUUGCAAAAAUUGAGAACAGUUGCUGUGACACAUGUGUAGAGCCAGAAUGCAAACAAGUCACAGCCAGGCUGAAACGCGUUCAAGUGGAUGAUUGUGUGUCUGAAAACCAACUGAAUAUUCACUUCUGUCAGGGCAAGUGUGCAAGCAAAGCCAUUUAUGACAUUGUGAUGAAGCAAAUUGAAGAUCAGUGCACCUGCUGUUCCGCUACAGUGACAGAUCCCAUGCAAGUGCCUCUCCGGUGUGCCAAUGGGUCCAUAGUACUGCAUGAAGUCCUUAAUGCCAGGCAGUGUGAAUGUCUCUCUCGGAAAUGCAAGCCAUGAAUGUAGUUGGGAGCUCAUGCCUGUCAACCGUCUUUGCCCAGCUGCCAAGAAAUUCAUAGACUGAUUUUAGGUUUCUUUCUGUUGUUUUUGUUUUACAUUUUGAUGCUGUUCUCCUACUCAAAGCAUUCAUUAUAACAUACGAAGCAAUAAACCCAAACUCAUUUAGCUGCA